AUGGCUGAGCUCAGUGAAGAGAUCAAGGACCUGGAGCGGAGUGCCGCCUACAACAUCCUGGAGGAGCUCUACAGGAAUAGUUCCAUCAGCAAGGCUGAGAUGGAUUUGUACAAAAGCAAGUAUGCGAAACUGCAUGAGAUGGUGAUUCAAACGUUCGAGAACGAGCAGAACUUUGUGACGAGAGCGAAACAGCUCAACCAGCGCUUGAUGCAGGAAAAGAUCAAGCUGGAAAAGACCACGCUGGAGUCACAAGAGGACCAGAACUGCAUUGAGCAGCUGAUGCAUCAAAGGUUCGAAAUCGAACAAGAAUACCAGGUGGCACAGGAUAGAGAGAUGAUGUUGCAGAUACAGCUGUCAGAGCUGCAUCACGAUAGAACUGAGAAGCAGGAGCAGUUGAGAGAAAGAGAGAUCGAGCGCCAAGCAGAGGCUGAGCCCAAGCUCCGCAAAGCCAGAGAGGAGAUUGAGUUGCUGAACAAGGAGUCAGAAGUCCUGAAAGCCAAGAAGGAAAGCUAUCAGGAAAAGCUGGAGGAGUACAAUGCUCGCAUCAAGGAGGUUGAGCAAGAGAUGGAGAACAACCGGGACAUUUGCAAGGUCUACGAUUCCGAACUGAACAAAAUUAAAGAUGACCCAGAGCGUAUCCGCAAGCAGGCAGAGAAGUUUGAAAACGCGGUGCGCGCCUUGCAGGAGGCGCAGAAGGAGAAGGUCUCGGCCAUCCAGGCGGCGAAUGACCAAGCCUGGGAGAUUAACAAAGAAGCCAAGGAGAUCGACGAAUCCAGGGCGAAGAAGGAAAUGCGGCUUACGCUGAUGAAGGAAAGCUCCAAGAUCACGGACACGUCCUGCCAGGAGACCAAGACAAAAUUGGAGAAGGAAGGGUUGACACACCAGGAGCUGGUCUUAAAGCGCAAUGCUCUGGACAAAGACUUGGAAGAUCUCAAUGCUCAGAACAGACAUGCGCAACAGGAGGUGACAACUCAUCAGAAACAGUUCGAACGGAUGAAGCGCAGAUACAGACAAAGCUUAUCACAUAAAGAUAGUGUCCUGGAGACCUUGCCACCCUUAGAGGUGAACAAGAAGGAGCUGGAGAAGACGACAAAGCUCCAAGAAGAGGACAUCAGACGGCAAGGGAAGCUCCUGGAGGAUAUCCAAGCCGAGGUGGAUCUUUUCAUCGGAGCUUUCCUGAAACAAGAGUCUCUGGAGAAGGACAAGAAGGAGGAAUUUGAGGCAAUCAAACAGCAGAUGGAUGAGAUGCAGAAGGAGAUCAAGAACCUGAAGACCGAGGUGCAGGAGCAGCUUAGCCGGUCGGCCAUGCCGUUCAUUGCUGUCCUCCUCACAUUGCUGCAGUUCCUCGAGCCUGGAGCGGUCCAGUUCGAUGCCUACUUUGAAGAAGCCCAAGCAAAGAACAACGUGUCAUGGACGAAAGAGGAUUCCCAGAUUAACGAAAAACUGAAAGUAUUGGAGGCGAAAUUCAAAAAGAAGCCCAAUAUCAUUUACAUUCUUUCAGAUGACAUUGGCUUUGGAGAGCUGGGAUGGCAGGGAGGUGGAAAGCAUCGUGGUACGCCUGGACCUGGUUUAGAUGCGAUGGCCUAUGCAGGCAUGCGAUUUUGGUCCUCCUAUUCGGAACCCAGUUGCACUCCCAGCCGGGUCGCCAUCAUGACCGGCCGGCACCCGGUGCGCACGGGGCUGACCACGGUGUUGUGGCCAGGUCAAACGGAUGGGCUCAGCCCUGACGAAGUGACCUUGCCCGAAGUCUUGGGUGCCGCAGGCUAUUCCACUGCGAUGUGGGGCAAGUGGCACUUAGGCGAAGAGCCCGAGCAUGCUCCAGAGAACCAGGGCUUCGAGUAUGCCUAUUAUGGACUCUUCAAUGGUGCUCCCGACCUCUGGCCGGAUGCAUACGACUUGGUGGCGGCGCCAAACUCCAAUCCUCCAACUUUCCUGGACUUCCCUGGAAUUGAGGCUUACAAGGAAGAUACAGGCAUCGAUUUGUCCGUCUCGGCCUACGUGGGGCGCAAGGAAAAGGGCCGGAAGCCAAUUGAAGGGCUGGCUGGAAAGCCGGGACCUCAAAGGCAGGAGGCCUUUGAAGAAGAAUCAAUCAACCAAAUCUUGAAGUACGUGAAAGAAAAGGCCAACGAUGUGAAGCCUUUCUUCAUCUACUGGGCAACGUAUGCCCAGCAGUUGUCAGGCGUAACCUCGCACGCAAAUGAAAAGCAUGUGGACCACGUGAACUCCCAGGCCUCCAUGAUGGCCGCCCACAGUUCCUAUGUGACUCAAUUGCUGCAGACUUUGAAGGAUGAGAAGAUUGCUGAAAAUACGUUGGUUGUUUGGAUCAGUGACAAUGGCCCCAUGUACGCCUUCUACCCCAAUUCGGGCUAUUCCUGGCUGAAAGGUGGGAAGGGCUCUGUGUGGGAAGGUGGUGUGCGGACGCCAGCCAUGGCAUGGUGGCCUGGGAUGAUCGAAGCGAACCAGGACCCCGUGGAUCUUCUUCAGAUCACCGACCUCUACACCACUGCAGCUCGUUUGGGCGGCGCCUUAGAACAUAUCCCCAAUGAUCGUGUCACCGAUGGGUUGGAUCAAGCUGCCUUGCUGCUAUUGGGAGAAGGACAUGGACGGAGGAAGAAAAUCUUCCACUACAGUGGGGAUCAUUUGGGCGCUCUUCGACGUGGCGACUUUAAGGCACACUUUGUGGGAGGCGCUUCAGGUGGUUUACCAAAGAUGGAGGCUUACAAUGUCAGGCGUGAUCCUGGGGAGAAGUAUGGUGAGUUCUAUCCCUAUUUGUGGCUGGUGGUGAAGAAUGAGCGCAACAAGUACAUGACCCACAUUCAGAAGUCCGAUCAGCAGCUCUCCGAAAUGAAGGAGAAGUUCAAGAUCCUGUCCAAUGAAGUGGAGAUUUUGCGAAUGGAGAGUGCCGUCAAGGACAAAGAGCUUGCGCAGAUCAGACAAGAGGCGCAACGACUUGAAGUGAUCCAUGAUCAGCUUCAAAAUGAGAAGACUCGGAUAAGUGGGAAAGGUACUGCGCUCAACGAACAGGUUGAGCAGUUUGUCAUCGAGAUAGACAAGCUCAACUCGAUCAUCACUUCCAUCGAGAAAGAAAUGGUGCAGCUGAGACUAAAGUACGAGCAGGCAGUCGAGACGCGGAACUUCACUGGGACGCAGCUUAUCGAUAGGAAUGAUGAGCUUUGCAUCCUUUGGGAGAAGGCAAAUAUCCAGGAAAAGCUGUUGAAGAAGGGAGAGGAUGCGAUGCAGAGAAAGGAAGAGGAGAUUCGAUGCUUGAAGAUAGACCUCGCAGAGGUGCAUCGUCAGCUGAAGGUGGUGCGUCAAAAGAUCCCAGAAGUACAGCCGCUCGCAGAUGAUGUAGUAAACCUGCGGGAACAGGUCUCGAAUGUGCGCAAGCAUAGCGACGAGCUGUCCCGAGAGCUCGAGAACCCCAAGAGCUCGCUGCGGAAAUGGCGGCAGCUGGGAGGGGAGGACUUGGAUCAGGAGACGCUGAGAGUGAAGAUCCAGGACCUUCAGGAGAGGCUCAACGACAAGAAGGAAGCGCUUCUCGAAAAGGAGCUCAUCUUGGAAGAGGUCACGGCGCUUUCGGAGAAGCUCCGGAACCAGGCGUUGGAUGGGCGUCAAGGCACCAUGGACCUCUCGCAGAAGGUGAACCUCUUUCAGUCGCGCAUCAAGGAUGUGACCCGGAAGAUGAUGGCCACUGUGAGCGAGUUGUCGAUGCAUCAAGCCACAGCCCACAAGCUGCAGAAAGAGCGCGACGAAGCUUGCGAGCGUGCUAUCCUGGCUCGGGAGAACUUGGAAAAUGGACAGGCACCGACAGAAGCAGCAGAUGGAGAGUUCCAGAAGAUGCUGCAGGUGGAGCACCAGAGGGAGUUGGACAGACAGGCGGCGGUUCAGCGAAAGCAGGAGGAGGAUGUGAUGAACAGCAACUUCACCAGGACCACAGCUGAGCCGCGGGUCAAUGCUUACAUCCCUGACGACGAGCAUGGUCUUCCCAAGGCCUAUGGUGUCAACGCGCCCUUCAAACCUACAGCUCAAGGAUCCACCAUGCGCUUCAUCCGAAAGCCCAACCCGAAGCCCAUCGAGAUUUAG